CACACACACACACACGCGCAGUCUGAGCACCAUAAGUGCUUCGGUUUAUGACUAUCGGGUUUCAGUCUCGGGGCCUGAAAUGGAGUCAGAGCGCAGUUAACACACACACACACACACACACACACACAGAGGCGCGCACAGUUUUACACUCUCACACAGUAAUACACACACACAUUUUACACGCGAAGUUAUCCGACGCGGAUCCGCGGCCAUGGGGGAGCAGCCGAUCUUCACCACUCGAGCUCAUGUCUUCCAGAUUGACCCCACCACCAAGAAAAACUGGGUUCCUGCCAGUAAACAAGCUGUCACCGUGUCCUACUUUUACGACAGCACGCGCAACAGCUAUCGCAUCAUCAGCGUGGACGGGACUAAGGUGAUCAUUAAUAGCACCAUCACCCCCAACAUGACCUUCACUAAGACGUCACAGAAGUUUGGCCAGUGGGCCGACAGCCGCGCAAACACAGUGUUCGGUCUCGGGUUCUCCUCUGAACAGCAGCUGUCCAAGUUUGCUGAAAAGUUCCAGGAAGUGAAAGAUGCAGCAAAAAUGGCACGAGAGAAAUCACAGGAGAAAGCAGACGCAACCAGCAACCACUCCCAGGAAUCGGGCCGUGAGACUCCGGUGUCCAAUCAGGCAUCAAGUAUGAAUGGAACAGACGAUGAUAAAAUCUCACACACACCAGACAACACCGUGCUGAUGAACGAGAAACCCCUCAAGUCUGCUGUGGAACAGAGCACUAACCAGUACGAGUCGGAGAUGCAGGCCCUGAAGGAGAGUAACGCUCAGCUGACAGAGGCUCUGCAGGAGGCAAACAGCAGCGUGGAGAAGUGGAAAUCACACACUGCUGCAUGCCAGGAGGAGAACACUACACUCAAGAACAAGAUUACAGACCUGGAGGCAUUGUGUAAGGCGGUGAAUCAGGAGAAAGAGAGAAACACUCAGCUGAGUACCCGAGUGCAGAAACUUGAGAACGACAUAAAGGACAAAGAGCAGGAGCUGGAGAAUCUGAGAAAGCAGGCUGAAAUAAUUCCACAGCUCAUGUCUGAGUGUGACAACCUCAAUGCCAAGCUACAGGCGGCGGAACUGGCCAAUCAGGAGGUUCGUGGGCGUGUGUUAGCACUGCAGAGUGAAGUGAGUGAAGGACAGCAGCGACAUGGAGCCAUGAAGAACGAACUGAAGAAGUUCAUGGAGCUGCUGGAUGGCAAAAUAGAUGAACUGCAUGAGGUCCGCCAGGGCCUGUCUCACCUGGGCAUGGACAACUAACACACACACACACACACACACAUACACACACACACACACAAUCUAAUAACUCAAUAUUUAGGGAGUGAGAGCCAUAAAUCUUUAUAUUACAUUAUAUUUUGUAAUAUAAUGUAAUAAAACACACACACACACACACACACACACACACACACAGGUAUUAAUACACAGAACACUACAGUAUAUACAUUAAGGUGGUGAUCUCAGGUGUAAGUUACAGCACUCAUUUACACACACCUGUUUUCUUUCUCUCUCUCUCACACACACACACACACACACACACACACACACACACAAACUGCAGUGUCACAAAGUGCCUGAGGGUAGCUUUUUUUCCCCUUACCAAUCUCAUAAACACUCUACAUGCGGUACACACACACACUUAUACACACACUUGAGUGCAAUACGGUAGAUCAGAAAGGGGGCGGGGCUUUGUUUCAAUACAUUUUUAUAUAGAGCUGUUCUGAUUGGUUGGUUUCUGAACUCUAUGCUGUGAACUUUAUCUGAUUUCUGAUUGUGUGUGUGUGUGUGUGUGUGUGUGUGUGUGUGUGUGUGUGUGUGUGUGUGUGUGUGUGAGUGAAGUUUAUCACAGUUUACAGCAUAACCGUAAAAUGGACUGGUCCAAAAUCUCGAGAUUCCACAAUGCUGACAAUAUUUUAGACACCACAUACACAUGCGCGCGUGCACACACACACACACACACACACACACACACACAUGCGCACACACACACACACACACUCUUCCUGGUGUGUAUUAUGUUUAGGACACUUUUCUCUGGUUUUGUUUGUUUGUUUGUUUGUUUUUCUGAUCAAUAAUGUACAAUAAUGAAAUUGUUAUAAAUAUAGUUUAAAUAUAAAACUUGUUCUGUGUGAUUUUGGUUUUUUUUAGAUUUGAGGUGAAUUAAACUGAGAGGGUGAGAUCGA